AUGUCUCCUGAACCAAAAGAAAAUCACGUACGUAAGAGACGUAAUCGUCGCACAGUGGUCUGCACAAAUUGUCGAAAGAGAAAGAGUAAAUGUGACAAACAAAAUCCAUGUAACACAUGUGCCAAAUAUGGAGAUAGUGAGACAUGUACAUAUGUAAGUGCUUCAGUUACUCAUACAAGAAUAUCUAAAAAAAAAGUAAAAGAUCGCCAACUUAAGAAGGAAAAAUCUUCUUCAUCAUUAACUCAAGGUUCUGCAACGCCUAUCAAUAUAAUUGGAUCAUCAUCUACAACACUCAGCUCCUCACAAAGAACAACAUCUAAUGAAGCACAGAUGCCAAAUCUCAUUCAAGAUCAAAUGUCUCAGAUCGCACCCACUAAUGUAAUACCAAUUGAACUGGAUAGUCGCAGCACUGAUUUUGUUGAUUUCAUUCCUUCAGGACAUUAUUUAGAGGCUAAAAGAUCAGCCACUACUAUAUUUUCACUAUUUACAGAUAUAUCUAUGGAACACCGUGAUCCAUAUUUAACAAGCAUGAUUCGAUUUAGAAGUAUAGCCAUUAAAAAGACAAUGAACAAAUUCCAAGAGACUACAAAAAUAAAAGGUAUCAAUCCGAAUUUGCCAAAUUCCUUCAUUCCAUUGUCAACAUUUGAUAGAGAUGACAUAGAGACUAAUAAGAUGAAUGAUCCAACCUCAGGUAACUUUUCUAGAUAUCACAAACAGCUUUUUGAAAAGUUUGCUAAAUAUAGAAAGGAUUCUAAAAUGAAAUGUUCAGACGAAGAAUAUCUGACAAAUAUUGUAUUACCAGAUAAGGAAUUAUUUAAAAAUGAAAUUAUACCAAUUUUCACAACACAUAUUCUACAUAUGAUGCCAUUUGUCAAUAUGAAUGUCCUUCAGCAUGAAAUUGACACGUUAUAUGAAGACGUUGAAAAAAACAAGAAAUUAGAUAUAAAGAAAUUUGAUCAUAUGGUAUAUUCAAUUGUACUUUUAAUUACUAUUCUUGUUCAAUUAUCUCUGAAAUUUCAAAAAACCUCUUUAACUUUGUUUACUAGUGUUCUUGCAUUAGAUACAACCAGAUAUAUUGCCAUCGUGAGUCAUUUUCUUUUCCAAAUGAAAGUACUUCGAAAAUGUACAUUACUACAAUUAUACUGCUUAAUGUUACUUCGUUUCUAUUUUUGGUGUGCACCUGAGGAUGGUGAUGGGACCGAAGCACAACACAAUAGAGUUUUGAUGGGUACAAUUAUAUCCAGUGCCAAAGAAAUGGGUAUAAAUUGGAGUUGCUUCUCUAAUGAAAAAUAUUUCUUUAAAAUAACUGAUGGAACGCGACCAUCUUUGGAAUAUUUGAAACCAGAAGAAUACAAAGAGAUAUUUAGAUCAAUGUGGGCUGUCAUUCUCUUUUGGGAUAGAAAAAUGGGUCUUAUUAAUGGGCAAGAAUGUUUUGUUGGGAAGACUUUCCCAGUUGAUUUGAUUAAAUUAGAACAUCUUCCAUCAUGGUACACCCGAGUGGUCUAUAUUGAUUCGCUGCUCUUGAAGAUUAAUGAUCUAAUUAAUGACAGUCCGUCUCGCAUAAAUAUUAACGCCCUUGAAACGUAUUACAACAAGGUGUCUAAUGAACAUAUGAAUUUGAAAGCUUCAGAUGAUAAGGGUCCCUUCCAAUUUACGAACGCUCUUGAUUUUGAAUUUGAAUGGAUGUUAGAUUUAUUCAAAUUAUCAAUAGCGCAUGCAAAAAUGAUUUCUUAUGAGUAUAGUAUCAAUGUUGUGAAAUAUCAUGAGUCAGCACAACAACUAUGGGAUCAAUUAGUUAUUAUUGCUCAAAAAUGUUAUAUUUACUUCUAUGAAUCCCAUAAACUGAAUAUAAAUCCUUUCAAUCAAUUCUAUAGCAAUAGAAUUGUUGAAAUCAUCUCAAACAAACUAUGUGUUCUAAUUCCAGCUUUUAUUCUUCGUUUUAGUAGAAUGAGUAAAUCAUUUGAGACCAGAAAACUUCUUUGUAAGUUUUUUUUUGCUGUAGCAUCCAUGUAUUUCAAUGAAUUUUCUGCUGAUUAUUAUAGAUGUUUUAGGAAGAUGUUUACGGCGAAGAUUGUUUACAAGAUUUUGGAUCGACCAGAAGAUAGAGACCCUUGGGAAAUUAUAUUACGGUUUCUUGUUGGUGAAUUAAAUUCAUCGAAACAGCAUGGUGAAGAAAAGGAUAGUAACAGAGAUACUUCAUUAAAGGAUUUAGUCCCACUCGUAUAUGAGAUGUCUAAAUUUUAUGAAAAUGAUCCUGAUUUGAAAAGUAGGACUGAUUUUGUUGAGAAAUGGAAUAACGAUAUUUAUCCUAUUGGUAAAUUUGAUACAAAUUUUUCCAUGAACUUCCGUGAAGAAAUUUUGACCUUAUUUUUGGAUGAUCGUUACCCCAAGGGAUUCAAUCUUUUUGCAUCGUUUUAUGAUAAUACAAGUUGUAAAUUAUCACAAGAUGUUGAUAGUAGUUUAAAACCACAGACAGAUGAUCAACUAAUUGUUAGAACGCCAGGUGCGUUGUUCUCUUUGAGUAAUAGUGAAUCGCCACUCUUUGAUUCUACUUCGAUAUCAACAAUGAGUGUAACUUCUACUAAUGGUGUAGAGUCCUCGACGGGACGUUCGCCUGGCAUGGGUAGUUUGAGUACUGAAGAAUAUAAUCAACAAAUGGAUAGACAGUUCGGUAAUCUAGAUUUAUUAGAUGAUAUAUUUGAUCCAUUAGAUUUUAUUUCUUAUUUUAAUUGA